CUGCGCAUCCCCGCUAUGUCCUCCUCAUCCAGCUCCUCGCAGACCCCCGCCUCCCACCACCAGCCUCCGCCGCAGAGGAUGAGGCGCGGCGCCACCGGGUCCCCCACUGCCGGGAGCGGCACGGUUGGGGGCCCAGGUAACGGCGCAGGGGGAGGCUCGGCGGGUACCAGUCGGCUGCUGCAGCCCAUCCGAGCGACCGUCCCAUACCAGCUCCUGCGGGGCAACCAGCACAGCCCGACCCGGUCCCCCUCCGCCUCGGUGGGCAGCAAUACCGGGCCGGGGGGCGGCGGCGGGGGUCGCGGUGGAGGCAGCCCGCCACCGCCCAGCGCAACUCCGCCGUUGGCAGCGGGAGGCGGCGCGGCGGAGCCGGGCAGGGUGAAAGGCAGGCAGCGGCGUUCGCCCGAGAGCAGCGGCGGCAGCAGGAGGAGCAGCUCACCUGAGAGACGGAGCCCCAGCUCCCCGGUGUACAGAGUGGACAGGCCAAAAUCCCAGCAAAUCAGAACUUCUGGUACCAUAAGGCGAACCUCUUCUUUGGACACAAUAACAGGACCUUACCUCACGGGACAGUGGCCACGUGAUCCCCACGUAAACUACCCUUCAUGUAUGAAAGAUAAAUCUACUCAGACACCUAGCUGCUGGGCUGAAGAGGGAGCUGAAAAGAGAUCACAUCAGCGCUCAGCAUCAUGGGGAAGUGCUGAUCAGCUGAAAGAGGUGAGAAACUUUGCACAGUGGAGCCUCUCCAGUUCUGAUAUGCCCAAGAUUGCCAAACUGAGGCAGCAGCUUCAGCGCAGCAAGCAGAGCAGCCGUCACAGUAAAGAGAAGGAACGUCAGUCACCUCUCCAUGGCAACCACAUAGCAAUCAGUCAGACUCAGGCUUCUAUUUCCAGAUCAGUCCCUAUGCCACUGUCAAACAUUUCAGUGCCAAAAUCAACUGUUUCACGUGUGCCGUGUAAUGUAGAAGGAAUAAGUCCAGAACUGGAGAAAGUAUUCAUUAAGGAAAACAGUGGAAAAGAAGAAGUAUCCAAGCCCUUGGAUAUCCCCGACGGUCGAAGGGCUCCGUUACCUGCUCACUACCGCAGCAGCAGUACGCGAAGCAUUGACACUCAGACUCCCUCUGUCCAGGAGCGCAGCAGCAGCUGCAGCAGUCACUCACCAUGUGUCUCUCCCUUUUGCCCUCCUGAAUCUCAGGAUGGGAGCCCUUGCUCAACAGAAGAUUUACUCUAUGACCGUGAUAAAGACAGUGGGAGUAGCUCACCGUUGCCCAAGUAUGCCUCAUCUCCCAAACCAAACAACAGCUACAUGUUCAAACGAGAGCCCCCAGAGGGAUGUGAGCGAGUGAAGGUCUUUGAGGAAAUGUCGUCUCGUCAGCCUGUCUCAGCCCCUCUCUUUUCAUGCCCUGACAAAAACAAGGUUAAUUUCAUCCCAACCGGAUCAGCUUUCUGUCCUGUAAAACUUCUGGGCCCCCUCCUUCCCGCUUCAGACCUGACACUGAAGAACUCUCCAAACUCUGGUCAAAGCACAGCUUUGAGCAGCCUGACUGUCGAGCAGCUUUCGUCUCGGGUCUCGUUCUCAUCUCUGUCAGAUGAAACCAGCACAAUGGACUCCACAGAGGUCCCGGCACAGCAACCCUCCCAGCAGCAGCCGCCGCUCCUGCAGGAAAUCCAGGCUGAAGACCAUUCCUCUCCUCAGAGCUACAUGUUGAUCUAGACCAAGGUGGAGCAGGCCUCUGCCCUGAGGAGAUGACACUGCAUGAGGUGGCAGCCUUUUGAGAAGAACAUGGAACACUUAGCUGCAUUCAAAAAACAUA